CGAUGUUCGAGAAAAACUGGCCCUGGAUGUGCAAAAGUUAAAGGAAGAAUGCAGUGUUCCUGGUUUCGCUCCAGGUCUUGCAAUUGUUCAGGUGGGAUCACGUAGUGAUUCUAAUGUCUAUGUGAACCACAAGAUCAAGGCUGCAGCUGAGGUUGGCAUCAAUGCUGUACACGUGAGGCUGCCCAAGUCUAUUAGUCAAGCAGAGUUACUGCUGGAGAUCCAGAAGCUGAACAACGACAACAGCAUCCACGGCAUCAUCGUGCAGCUGCCGCUCGAUUCCGACGAGAAGCUGGACAGUGACCUCGCGACGAAUACCGUGUUGCCAGAGAAAGACGUCGAUGGGCUGAAUUGCAUAAAUGCAGGAAAGCUAUCCAGGGGUGACCUUGAGAACUGUUUUAUCCCAUGCACACCCAGAGGAAGUCUGGAACUGAUAAGGAGAACUGGUAUGGAAGUAAAGGGGGUUGAUGCCGUUGUGCUGGGGCGCAGCAAGAUACUUGGCUCUCCAAUGGCUGACCUGCUGAAGUGGAACCAUGCCACUGUAACCACCUGCCAUACCAGAACUAAAGACCUAGCUAGCCACGUGAGCAAAGCUGAUCUGUUGGUCGUCGGGGUAGGGGUUCCGAAUCUUCUCAAAGGCGAGUGGGUAAAGCCAGGUGCCGUCGUUAUCGACUGCGGAAUCAACGUCAUUCCAGACGCGACCAAGAAGAAAGGCACGAAGCUGGUCGGUGACAUCGAGUUUGACGUCGCGAAGGAGCGAGCGGGCUGGAUCACGCCUGUGCCUGGCGGAGUGGGGCCUAUGACCGUCGCCAUGCUGCUCGCGAACACGUACGACAGCGCUCGCAGGAGUGCCGCAAACUUUAAGAGUGGACCAUGGAACAUCAGCUAUCUGCCACUAGAUCUUAAGGACCCUGUUCCUUGUGACCUUGAAGUGGCCAAAGCUCAAACACCAAAGAACAUUGCAGAUGUUGCGCGAGAGAUCAACAUUCUUAAAGAUGAGCUGGACUUGUACGGAAACAAAAAGGCUAAAAUCUCGCUCUCAAUAGUAAAGAGACUGGAGACUCAGUCUGAUGGCAGAUACGUCCUAGUCACAGGCAUUACGCCCACUCCUCUCGGAGAAGGGAAAAGCACAACCGCUGUUGGACUGUCUCAGGCACUCGGUGCUGAACUGAAGAGGAAUGUAAUGACUUGCCUCAGACAACCAUCACAGGGACCAACCUUCGGAAUUAAGGGUGGCGCUGCAGGUGGGGGCUACUCGCAGGUGAUUCCCAUGGAUGAGUUCAACCUGCAUCUGACGGGUGACAUACACGCCAUCACGGCCGCUAACAACCUGCUCGCUGCCCAGAUUGACGCCAGGAUGUUUCACGAGGCGACGCAGAAGGAUGAGGCUUUGUACAGCAGGCUUGUGCCAGACAAAAAGGGAAAAAGAGUAUUCAGUGACAUUCAGCUGGCAAGACUAAAGAGACUAGGGAUUGAGAAGACCGACCCUAACUCUCUCACUGAAGAGGAGGUCAGAAAGUUUGUGCGGCUAAACAUCGAUCCAAAAACGAUCACGUGGAACAGGGUUAUUGACACCAAUGACCGCUUCCUGCGCAAAAUCACUGUUGGCCAGUCUCCGACCGAGAAGGGGAAAACUCGGGAGACGCAGUUUGAUAUAUCUGUUGGAAGUGAGAUCAUGGCUAUUCUUGCUCUGACAACAGAUAUGCGAGACAUGCGUGCUAAGCUCGGCAAGAUUGUCGUAGCUUCUGAUAUGGAUGGCAACCCAGUAACAGCAGACGAUUUUGGUGUUGGUGGAGCUCUCAUGGUGUUAAUGAAAGAUGCUAUCAGGCCAACACUUAUGCAGACACUAGAGGGUACGCCCGUGCUUGUACACACUGGACCGUUCGCAAACAUUGCGCACGGAAACUCUUCCAUCAUAGCUGACAAGAUUGCCCUGAAGCUGGUUGGAAGCGACGGAUUCGUUGUGACAGAGGCAGGCUUUGGAGCUGACAUCGGUAUGGAGAAGUUCUUCAACAUUAAGUGCAGGUACUCUGGACUAGUUCCCAACGUAGUCGUGCUCGUUGCCUCCGUACGAGCAUUGAAGAUGCAUGGUGGCGGACCGCCAGUGACACCUGGUGUGCCCUUGCCUAAACCUUACGUGGAAGAGAACCUUGAACUGCUGGGAAAGGGAUUCUGCAACCUGCGAAAACAGAUUGAGAACGUUCUGAAGUUUGGAGUACCCGUCAUUGUAGCGGUCAACAGCUUUGCCACGGAUACACAGAACGAGGUUGAGUUGGUGAAGAAGCUUGCGAAAGAGAAUGGUGCAUUCGAUGCCGUCAUAUGCACUCACUGGGCCCAUGGAGGCAAGGGUGCUAAGGACUUGGCAGAAGCUGUUAUUCGUGCAACUGAUGUGCCCAGCAACUUUAAAUUUCUCUACGAUUUGCAGAUGCCAAUGAGAGAGAAGAUUAAGACGAUUGCGUGUGAGAUCUACGGAGCAGAUGAUGUUGAAUUCAGUGAUGAGGCAGAGACGUCCAUGGACCGAUAUAUCAAACAAGGGUUCAAUGACCUGCCAAUCUGCAUGGCCAAAACCCACCUGUCACUGACUGACAACCCCGCCCGCAAGGGUGCGCCAACUGGAUUCACAGUCGCGGUCAGAAAUGUGCGUGCCAGCGUCGGUGCAGGGUUCAUUUACCCACUGAUUGGAACGAUUAGCACCAUGCCUGGCUUGCCAACUAGACCAUGCUUCUAUGAUAUCGACUUGGAUCCUGACACAGAGGAGGUAUUUGGCUUGUUCUAGGAGUACAGAAAACCUAUGGUCGUCUGUCCCUUCUGAUCAAAUCGCAAUCUGUUUGCUCAAAUAAUAUUUUCGUAGGUCAUCAUCAAACAUACUUGCUAUAUAACUAAGCUGAUUUUUAAUAAAUCAUGUAGGGCCUACACACUUCCAAAUUUUGCCUUAUAAAUUUGUGCAAAUAUCCGUCAUAGUAAUACGCAUAAAAUUGCAAGACUAUGCUGGUAUCCUUUUCUAAGACAAGAUUUUUUUUAAUUGAGAAAAAAGUGAAACAAGAGUACAUACACUAGUUUAGUUUAUGAGCUCUUGAAAACCUCAUAAUUGAAAUUGUCAUUACUUCUCGUAAUAUUCUGACUAUAAAUGUGUAUUUUUAUGUCACUAUAAAUUCUUCACGAAACAUGCAUUUUGAAUGCAACUAUGAAUUGAGUGGUAUUUUGAUUAACUUGAGUGACAUGAGUCUUGAUCUGUCAGUUGAUUGUUACUUGCGCUCAUAGGGUCUAUGUCCCCCAGGGUACUGCCGGAACGUACCCUGGUAAGUAUCUGAUAGGGUUAGGGAGU